AUGGAUAGUGUUACUCAGCCGACCCAGCAGGCUACACAGGCUACUCAGCGGUUUCUUAUAGAGAAGUUUUCACAAGAGCAGAUCGACGAUGAUGUGGUGUGUCGAAUGGUGUGCACUACGGGUCAGAUACCGAUAAGAGACCUAAGGGCCAGUGCAGAGGACGUUUUUCGAGAAAAAGCUUCAAUCAAGAGAGUUUGGACUUUUGGAAGGAAUCCUGCGUGUGAUUAUCACCUGGGGAACAUAACGCGGUUGUCGAACAAACAUUUCAAGGUUCUCCUUGGUGAAGAUGGCAAUUUACUGCUGCGAGAUACUUCUACAAAUGGUACGUGGCUCAAUGGUCAAAGGACAGAGAAAGACCGCAAUCAGAUCCUGUCUCAAGGGGACGAAAUUACCGUUGGUGUCGGUGUACCUGAAGACACACUUACGCUUGUAGUAUUUAUCAAUGACAAGUUCAGACAGGCGUUGGAGCAGUUGAGAAUGACUGGACUCCGUAAUGGUCUUGAGGAGAAAGGGAACGGGAAGUCAAAGUUACAGUCUUCCUCGACAAACAAUCGUACCGGUGUGUUUAUGGACUUUUCUAUCAAAGAUGAAGUUGUGGGACAGGGUGCAUUUGCUACAGUGAAGAAAGCUGUUGAAAGAAGCACUGGAAAGACAUUUGCUGCCAAGAUCAUAAGUAAGAGGAAGGUCAUGGGUAAUAUGGAUGGAGUCACACGAGAGCUCGAAGUUUUGCGGAAACUAAACCACCCGAAAAUUGUACGACUCAAAGGGUUCUAUGAGGAUGACGAAUUUUACUACUUGCUGAUGGAAUUCGUUUCAGGUGGUGAUUUGAUGGAUUUCGUUGCAGCACAUGGAUCUGUCGGUGAAGAUGCCGGUAGAGAGAUCACUCGACAAGUACUGGAGGGUGUAAAAUAUAUUCAUUCACAGGGGAUCAGUCAUAGAGAUUUAAAGCCGGAUAAUAUUUUGAUAGAGCAGGAUGAUCCCGUGCUGGUGAAAAUUACAGACUUUGGACUUGCCAAAGUACAAGGCAAUGGUACUUUUAUGAAGACCUUCUGUGGGACUUUAGCAUACGUGGCACCAGAAGUCAUAGCUGGUAAAGCUAACGCAGAGGAAAAUGAGAAGCGGAAUGAGUACUCUUCGCUUGUUGACAUGUGGUCAAUGGGGUGUCUUGUGUACGUCAUUUUGACGGGACACUUACCGUUCAGCGGCAGUACGCAGGAACAAUUAUACAAACAGAUAAAAAAUGGGUCCUACCAUGAAGGACCUUUAAAAGAUUUCAGGAUCUCUGACGAAGCCAGAGAUUUUAUAGAUUCUCUUCUACAAGUGAAUCCAAAUGCCAGACCCACAGCAAAAAAGGCUCUUGAGCAUCCAUGGAUUAAGAUGGGCCAUGUUGCACACCCUGAUGGCGGUGAUUGGUCUCAAGUGUCACUAUCGCAGUCGCUGUCUCAACAGAAAGCUCUCGAAGGUAUGGACGACGCACAAUUCGAGUUUAUCAAGGCUCAAAGACGAAUGCAGUUACAGCAGCAACAGGACGAGGCCAAGACAAAUGGAAAAAUGUCACAAGGCUUCAAGAUACCAAAUCAUCCUCCCAUUCGAUACACACAGCCCAAGGCUCCCAAUUCAGAUUCUGUCGAGUUAAUCCACUCGACUAGCGCCAUUACAAAAGGUAUCAAGAAGAAAGACGGCGGUAAAUUUCUAACGUUACGCCCGCUACCGGACAGCAAGAUACAGGAAAACGUAGAGAUAAAGCAAGGUGUAAACCCAUUCUUCAUCGGCCGUUCAGACGAUUGUAACUGUAAGAUCGAGGACAACCGACUCUCACGAGUCCACUGCUUCAUCCUCAAGAAGAGACACGCCGUCGGUAAUAGUAUCUACGAGUCCCCUGCACAAGGUCUAGACGACGUCUGGUACUGCCAUUCGGGCACAAACGUCAGCUACCUCAACAACAUCAAGAUGUCUUCCGGCACAAAAGUAAUCCUCCAAGAUGGAGACGAGGUCAAGAUCAUAUGGGACAAGAACAACGAUUUUACCAUUGGUUUCCAAGUGGUCCUCAACGACACCACAGGUCUCUUCAACAACGGUCUGGGCCUUGUAACCCAAGAUCGUCAGCUAAUACAACAGACAGAUGAUGAAAAGAGUCUCGUCAAGCGACUCAGCCACAUGAUGGCGGUAAAACGCUCCCACAAGGCCUCAUUCCCGCCUUCAUCGCCCAUUACCACCCCUCAUCGCGCCGACUCUCCCAACCCAAACGAAGAGAAAAAAGGGCAAUUGCUCAAACGGGUCCACUCCAUGAGUCUCUCCCAGUCUCAAUCACACCCAUCCAAGAAGAUAAAGCGAGCCAAGGUUGGUCAAGCUCUCAGAGAUCCUCAAACUUUGCAAUUCUCAUAG